AUGGAUUACGAUAAUUACGAUGGGCAUCGGCAUUUGGUUACGUUAAUUGAGAACACCCCUUUGCAUCAAUGGUUUAAGGAUUCUUUGGAGGAUGAGAAAAUGAAGAUUUUGGUGAAUAGUUAUCAUCGUCAAGAGGAGUUUGCUGAGGCAGUCAUUGCCUAUGGGAAGAAGCUGAAUGGGUUGACAAAAGUGACAAAAUCUCUAAAUCUUAAUCAAGAAAUGGAGAACAUGAGAAAAAUCAUAAUAAGAAGCUUUUCGAUUGCAAGAAACAUAUACGAACAUGGGAGAAAUUCAUCUAAAGAAUCUGAACUCGAGCCUGGAGUUGAAUUUCUUUAA